GAGGGCGCCUGGCGCUGCGGUCCGGCGCGCCGAAGCUGCCCGCGCGGGCGCGGAGAGGAAAGACGAGGCGAGGAGCGCGAGCAGCGGCGGCCACUGCCACGUAUUCCCGGCAGUGGCGGCGGCGGAGCGGGAGGCCAAGAGCUGGAAAAGUCAUACAGCUAACACCUGGGAGAGUCAGCAUUUGAAAGCACGUCUGCCUGACUCCAAAUCCUGAGCCCUUAAGUAUCUGGACAAAGGGGCUUUAGUUCUCACCUGGGCCCAGUCAAGCCUGCCAGAGGAGUAAAGGAUUAAGAAAACUUUGACCUAAGAAGAGGCUUCUGUCAUUCCACUACAAGAAGGAAUAACUAUCAAGUCACCUUUACUGGAAGUCAGUUUACUUAAACUAUUGAAACAGCAGUUCUUGAAGUUGAAGAAAAGGUUCUUUAUUUGAGGAAGGCCCAGUCACGAAGUCUUGGUUAUCUCUAUCCCAUUUUACAGAGAAGGAAAAUCAGGAAUGAGAGAUUUAAGUGUCUUGCCCAAGGUUGCAUAACUAGAUGUGACAGAGCUGAGGUACAAACCUUUUCUGGUUUCGAACCUGUGUUAUUACCUCUGCUCCUGGCUGCUUCCCUAGAAGGAUCCAACACUGAUAUUCUGAACCUUGGCAAGAGGAGUGUGGCCCUUUUCUUCCAAACGUUCCCUGGACACACCCUCCUGGCAUCCUCUGGGAAAGAUGCGGCAACUCAAAGGGAAGCCCAAGAAGGAGACAUCCAAGGACAAGAAGGAGCGGAAGCAGGCCAUGCAGGAGGCCCGCCAACAGAUAACCACGGUGGUGCUGCCCACACUGGCUGUGGUGGUGCUGCUGAUUGUGGUGUUCGUGUACGUGGCCACACGCCCCACCACCACCGAGUGAGCCCCCGGCUGCCUUGGAUUGUGUGGAGAGAGCAGGCACAGGAGGGAGAGGCAAAAGGGAAAAUGGCUUUCAUAUUCGGAAAUUCUCAUGAUGCUGAUCUCUAAGCAGGAGCACCCUGUCUUUUCUGAUCUUUGACUUGAUUAAAACUUCUCCACUUUUCUUGGGAGGGAAUAGGGAACAUUUUAUCAGUGAACGUGCCAUACAUCUUAUGGUCCACUUCAUGUGCCUUUCAGACUUUAAAGCAAUGUGUGUGUUUCGUUUUCUCUCCUAAAAUCAAUAAGUAGCUCCACUUGGUGAGAGGAGGAAUUGCGGGGUCAUGAAUCAGUUGGAAUCUGUGCUCACCCAUCCCCAUUAUUUUGAACAUGAUUCUUUUCUAUUUGUGUUCACAAUUUCCAAAGGGACUAUAUUUCUUCUCUGUGCUUAAUGUGAUUUGAAAUACAUGUCAACUCAAAAGUGAAAUAUUUAUUUUUGGAAUAAAGGAGAUAAUAGCCUUA